AAGAUGAGUCAUGGAUAUUCAGAAAACAACAAUUUCCUAAACAAUAACAACCAAAUGGUGUUGGACAUGAUCCUUUACCCAUUAAUUGGGAUCCACCAGACCAUCAACUGGGAAUCAGUGGCAAGGCUUGUGCCUGGAUUAACACCCAAAGAAUGUGCAAAGAGGUUUGAUGAACUGAAGAACAGUGGAAGCUCACCUGUGGACAACCACUAUAGUCCCCUCAUGGCUGCUGGAGAGAGUCCUGUUGAAACUUUAGCCACGUAUAUCAAAUCCUCGCUUCUUGGCACACAAAGAGAAUUUCAGGAGACUCCAGUUGGUCAGGAUGCAGUUUCUAAAACAGGAAGACAUAGUAUAGCUUCCACAAGGAAUUGUUCUUCAGAAAGUGAAAAUUGUACUACUCAUAAUGGUGGAGAAAAGACUGAAGAAUCUGAAGGGCCAAACAUGGUGAUCCAUGUAUGUGAUGAAGCAAAAAACUUGAAAGAAGAUUUUAUUUGCCCACGAGAUCUUUUGAUAUCAGAAAUGAAGUACUUUGCUGAAUAUUUAUCUGUGGACGCCCAGCGCUGGGAAGAGGUGGACAUUUCAGUUCAUUGUGACGUUCACAUUUUCAACUGGUUGAUAAAAUAUGUUAAAAGGAACACUAAGGAGAAUAAAGAUUGUGAGAUGCCCACUUUAGAGCCAGGAAACGUCAUUUCAAUUCUUAUUUCUUCAGAAUUUUUGAAAAUGGAUUCAUUAGUUGAACAAUGUAUUCAGUAUUGCCACAAAAAUAUGAAUGCCAUAGUAGCUACCCCAUGCAACAUGAAUUGUAUUAAUGCAAAUCUUCUUACACGUAUAGCUGAUCUAUUCACACACAGUGAAAUUGAUGAUUUAAAGGACAAGAAAGAUAAGUUUAGGAGUAAACUUUUUUGUAAGAAGAUUGAGAGACUGUUUGAUCCAGAAUACUUGAAUCCAGAUUCUCAGAAUAAUGCAGCAACAUUAUACAGAUGCUGUUUGUGUAAGAAACUUUUAACAAAAGAAACAGAAAGAAGAAUUCCUUGCAUUCCUGGAAAAAUCAAUGUGGAUCAACAUGGAAAUAUUAUCUACAUUCAUAUAAGAGAUAAGACUUGGGAUGUUCAUGAGUAUUUGAAUAGUCUUUCUGAAGAAUUAAAAUCUUGGAGAGAUGUAUAUUGGCGCUUGUGGGGAACAGUCAACUGGCUAACUUGUUCAAGAUGUUAUCAGGCUUUUCUGUGUAUAGAGUUUUCACAUUGUCAGUAUCACUCAGAAACAGUGAUUUAUCCUACUGCAGGAAGUUCGCUAAGUUCUGUUGGCACUGGAAUCUAUCCCUGCUGUAACCAAAAGGUUCUUCGGUUUGACCCCACUCAGCUUACAAAGGGUUGUAAAGUGAAGGACCACAUGGUUGUUCUUCGUGAUCAAGGUGAAGGUGAAGAUUUGCUGUCCUGCCCAACUGCCAGAAUACUGGAUGAUCUGCAGAAACACAAAGAUGUCAUUCUUGUGCCUUUUGCUAAAGAUACAGUCAGUGAUUCUGGUGGUCCCUGUGAUGAAAAGGGUCUAGACUGUGAUGUUUUACUGGAGCCAAAUACACCAUGGGGCCCCAAGAGUGGGGAGCUCAAUGCUUUCUUAUCACUGAAAAACUGGACACUGCAGCUGAAACAGCAGUCAUUAUUUUCAGAAGAAGAAGAAUAUACCACUGGGUCCGAGGUCACUGAAGAUGAAGUUGGAGAUGAAGAAGAAGUAUCCAAGAAACAAAGGAAAAAGGAGAAGCCAAAGAAAUUCACUAAACAACCAAAAAAGCAGAUGUCUUCACCCUGUGGUCAGAAGAAAGAAAAGGCAUUGGAGAAGUCAACUUCUAGAGAUGUGUCUCCUUUCAUUGUGAGUAUGCAGAAGAAUAAGUGGGAUGCCACAAGAUCCUUGAGAUUCAACCAAGAUGCACAAAGAGAAGAUGAUCAACGGCGGAUGUCUGAAAUUACAGGGCACCUAAUAAAGAUGAGAUUGGGUGAUCUGGACCGAGUCAAGUCAAAGGAAGCAAAAGAAAUGGAGAAACUGAGUCCCAGACAUGGCAACUUGUCUAAGAGAAACAGAAAGAAUGACCUGAGCAAUGUGCCCUUGAUGACGGUAUUGCUAUGUUAAACAAGUUAACACAUGCAUGUAAAGCAAUUAGAACAGUGCCUGACAUAUCUGGGCAGAGACACAAAGACACAGAGAAGCAUUAGAUAGGUUUACACCAGUAUGUUAAUAGAGGUCAUUUCAGGGAUGGAGCAGGUGAGGCAGAAUUAUAGAUGCUCUUUCUUUUCAUUGUUGUUUGCCUAUGUUUUCUUUGUAAUUAUUAUUAAAUAUUUAAACUAGACAGAAAAGUACAGAGGAUAAUACAACAAACAUUCAGGUACCUACCACCCAGCAUUUUAACAUAAUAAUAUGAUAUAUAUAUAUUUUUUUUUUUUUAAGAAAUGAAGCAUUUCAAAUACCCUCACCCUAUAUAGAUAACACUGCUUCUAGCUCUUCCUUUCCCAGAAGUAAACACUUCUCUGAAAUUUGAUGUUUAUUAUGCCCAUGCAUGUUGUUAUACUUUUACUAUAUAUACUAUGUAUCCAUAACAUAAUAUACUAUUUAAACUUUAUAUAGUGAGCUCAU